AUGCUUCAUGUCAACAUCACCAACUUCAUCUUCUCCACCUUCCUGGUUACAGGCAUUCCAGGGCUGGAGGCAGUGUACAUCUGGAUAGCCAUACCAUUCUGUGCCAUGUUUCUCAUCACUAUGGUGGGCAACAUGACCAUCAUAAUUGUUAUCUGGCAUGAGCAGACUCUUCAUGUUCCUAUGUAUCUCUUCCUGGCCAUGUUAGCCUCCUCUGAUCUGGGUCUCUCUCUGUUUACCUUCCCCACUCUGUUGAGAAUCUUCCUGCUGAAUGAUAGAGAGUUGACCACCACAGCUUGUUUCACACAGAUGUUCUUCAUUCACACUUUCCAAGUCCUUGAAUCAGCUAUUAUUCUGGCAAUGGCCUUUGAUCGUUACGUGGCCAUUUCUCACCCACUUCACUAUCACUCCAUUCUCACAGACACUGUGAUUUCCAAGAUAGGGUUGGCUAUUGUUGUACGAACCUUAACUAUGCAGGUGCCUCUCCCUAUCCUCUUGAAGAGACUGUAUUUUUGUCAUUCCAAUGUACUAUCUCAUUCCUACUGUUUGCAUCCUGACAUCAUAAAGCUCUCCUGCUCCAGUACUACUGUCAACAGUAUCUUUGGACUUUUUGUAGUGCUCUCCACCAUGGGGCUUGACUUCCUCCUCAUACUCUUCUCAUAUGUAUUGAUUCUGAAAACAGUACUGAGUAUGGCUUCCCACAGUGGCCGCCUCAAGGCUCUCAACACCUGCAUCUCUCAUCUGUGUGCUGUGGUCCUCUUCUUCACACCCAUGAUCUGCCUAUCCAUGCUGCAUCGUUUUGGUCCAAGGCUUCCCUCACAUGUCUAUGUGACCCUGGCCAACAUGCACUUUCUAAUUCCUCCUGUGAUGAACCCAAUUGUCUAUGUUGUGAAAACCAAGCAGAUCCGUGACAAAAUUCAGAAACUCUUCAUUAAAAAAGCAACAAAGAAAGAUCAGGCUGCAUCUGUAACAUAA